AUUUAUUCGAGAUCGAAGUGCACGGAGUCCUAUUGCCUUAUAUGUGAUUGUGACAUGACUAAAACUCUGCCCACAACGCUAUCGACGACGGUCCGCCCCACCAUGAUUUGGCAAGCAGCACUUAAAGUUGCAACGGCAAUUGUCAUCACCAUUCAUUGCAAUAUCAAUACAACCGCGUCUCUAUUACAGUGUAUUGCGUAUGGAACUGCAGUCCAAGUUUGAUUUUCAAAAACUCGGCUUCGCUGCCUUUACUGGAACUUUCGCCUACUUUUCCUUCCUGGAAAGAAGGUAUCGGAAAUCACAUUUGAAUGGGGUAUGGUUGUCGGACCUAACCAGGGUUAAGGGUCCAGCGCCUGCCGACAGGUAGUUUGCUGUAGCAUGAGAAUCAUUACAUGCCAGCAGUACUCCAAAGCUUUUAUUCGCACCUCAGAUAGUGCGGGCCAGGGUUUCCAUUGAUAUGGGAUGCUCAAAAACCCAAUCUUUACUCGAUUUCAUCGUGGUUUACAGCGAGUUUCUUCCAAUCCUUCUUCCCAUCGAUCAUGUCACAACUAUCUGACCUGCGCAUCUCUGAUAACGCACAACUCGUCCUUAGUGCUGCAGCUUGUCUUGGUGUCAUAGGAGUAAUUGCUCGGGCUUACCGGCCUAAAUCAGGUCUUCCCCUCCCACCUUCCCCUCCUACCUGUCUGCGCCUUUGGGUGACUUU